AUGGGUAGACAAGGUGGUGGUGAUCCUACCGUGGUUAGUUCCUCCAUUGUUCUUUUGCAAGAAAGGUUCAGACAACUGCAGAAGGAUAGGGAAAGGAGAGAGGGGAAAGAGCUUCUGAAACUGUUGUCCGAAUCCGACAUGAGAUUCGAGCCUAACGGAUCGGCGGAGGCGGCGAGGCAGAAACCCCAUCAGGAUUCAUCGCUCUCUCUUGGACUAAGCUCUCACGGUAGGCGAACCAAUUUCAGAGCUGUGGAAAUCCAGGCAUCAUCAACAAGCUUAUGGCCUAAUGAAACUUCAAGCACAUCGAAGAAGUUUGAGACUUGUGACGUUGAUACUUCUCUUCAUCUGUAG